CUCUACAAGUGGGUAUUCCAUUGCGACUCUUAGGCGCGCUCGUUCGCCCGCGUACGUUAGACCGCGACGUUUUAUCGUGCAACGGGCACGAAACUGUUCCGUCGUCCACUCCGGAGAUCUUGGCGAAUCUCCGCGGGGCUCGUGCCGUCCGACAGAACACGUACAACGUCCAGCGACGGGAACGAUGAUGCUGAUGUAACGCGAAAACGAUUCCCGUUCCUUGAUAGCGUAGAGGGCUUAAGGGGACAGCCGACGGACGAUGACUUAAGUUCCACGAGGGACCGCAACGAUCGCCAGGAAGAAAGUAACCAAAUUGCAAAUGGCUCUGGGGCAGAAUCGAUACCGUGACGCAAAGAACCGUGAAAGUUCUCGAGGUCGAGGUGAUUUCCUGCCCGUAUCGCCGUACCAAUCCAACGCGUUACUUCGUGAUCGUUGCGUGUGAAUUUCAUGCGAACCGGGAGCCUCGAAACUGUCCAGAAAAUAAAUACGAUGACAAUUGUUCUCGAUCGUGAGAAUAACGUUUAGAUCAUACCAGGCGAAACGCAACGAAAAUGAGUUUCUUCAAUUCGCUACAACAGUACGUGAGCGACAGCGUCGCUAGCCUCAGCCUGAGCCCGAAGAGGUUCUCGUUCAGCCGGGAGGACUCGGCCUCGAGCACGACCGGAAGAAGCAGCUCCACCGGAAGCGUAACCGCGACGACCAACGCGAACUCCAACGCGCAACAAUCGACCCCUCAUGGUUACCCCAAGGUAGUGCCGCCGCCAGGAACGGUCACGCCGUCCUCCCAUGGCCGCACGUUGUCGACGCGCAGAAGGACUCUCGAGUGCACUUCCGCUCCAGGAUUGACGGUGCACCCCGUCACGGGAACUUCGUCGGGCAGCACCUCGCCCCGCAGAGUCGGUUCUUUUCGGAGAAGCACCGGAUCCGCCGAUCGACCGUCUCAGAUGUUCUGCCGCAGGAGACCCUCCUGGCAGGAAGUCGACAUACAUGCCACUUCCGGGGUUCAAGAGACGGAUGGCUCUUUCUUCGAAAGUUUCACCGCAUUACCUUGGAAACAACAGAAUCGAAGGCUCGUGGUUCUUCAGGAAGUGGAAGCCAGGGCGAAGGAACCACCUCCUCCGUCCAAAGACAGCACUUUGACGUCUUCGCAGUAUUGCAUCAACAAAAAAGAGCUGGAGCAAUUAUACAUAGAAGUUCUAUACACGAUCGCCAACACGGUGGGCACCAGCACCGGACAAUACGCGCAUUACAAAGAGGAUCUUUAUAGAUACGCGCAAGAGGCUUUCCGAGUUCCGCAAGACCAGCAUCGUCGAUAUCUGAAUAUCGUGUCGGAAGAAAAGCCUCCCAUUGUUGUCCUAAGCGUGGUCGUCGUUCAAGCCGAAGGACUGGAAGCCAAAGACGCAAACGGAUUCAGCGACCCUUAUUGCAUGCUGGGAAUCCAACCGGGUAGUACAGGUGCGCCAUUGAGUCCACAGACGAAUUUAACAGCGCACUCGCCCCAUACACCACCGGCGUCGCCGAGGCAAGCGAUACGAGCACUUUCCGAUGGCGGUGAAACUGAAAAUUCGCAUCACGAGAAGCUGCGGAAGCACCAUAGUUUCAGGCUGUCGUUCAAGCGCAAGGAGCACACGAGCAGACGCGAGCACCGGGAGUCCUUAAGCGGCGCGGUUCCGGCAAAGUUUAUACGCGCGACCACGGUGAAGCCUCACACGCUCAGCCCCCACUGGAACGAGAAGUUUCGUUUCGACAUCGACGACAUCAACACGGACAUCCUGCACCUGGACAUAUGGGACCACGACGACGAGUCCUCGGUAUUCGACGCUGUUAGCAAGCUGAACGAGGUACGGGGCGUGAAGGGACUUGGACGAUUCUUCAAGCAGAUCGCGCAGAGUGCAAGAUCGGGCGGCCAAGACGACUUUCUGGGCUGCGUGAAUAUUCCGCUGCAGGAGAUUCCGAGCACCGGGCUGGAUAAAUGGUACGAACUGAAGGCCAGAACGCAACGAAGUACUAUUCAGGGUAGAAUUAGGUUAAGGCUGUGGCUAUCGACGAGAGAAGACAGAGGAACGUCCGAAGAAGACAACUGGGGAGAGUUCAGGCAACAGGAACGACUCUACACAGUGUUUCUCAAUCAUGAGAUGAGCAAACAAGGGGCAGACUUCACGGGAGAAUUGCUACAAACGGCACUAACGAUUCUUCAUCAGCACGCCGUCCAAGGUGAUGUCACUGAAUUGCAGCAAGCAUUAGUCAGAUGGGUAGCGACGUCACGACAGCCAACCUGCGAUCCAAGAAUUCUUCAUCGUCUUCUUCAGGAACUGGACAAAUUAUGGCACACCGAUACGCUGUCCCGUCACGAGGAGCUGUGUCUGGCCGAGUCUUUCAACGAAUUUCUCGAAGUCUCGUUGAAGAAAGUCCAACAACAUCGAGUGCUCUUUCCACCGUUGCAUCGACCAUCGAUCUCUAAGCUGGAUUACCUUCUCGGAUGCUUGGGUCUACUGUCAAACAUGACAGCGUACCGAACGUGUUGUCCAUUCAACAAGGAGAUUCGUGGAGAGAUUAUAACUGCCUUGAGAAAGGGAACCCUUGAAUGGUACGAAAACACGAGGCAGCAAACAAUGUGUUACGACAAGGAGCCUGAUCAAGAUGUAGAUAAAGUUCUUCAGGACUUCACAAACUUGGUAACUGCAUUAUUGGUAGACUUGGAACAAGGACUAACAUACUACAACAGUCUCUUUGAAAGUGCGAAUGGCGUGCCAUAUUUCUCGGCGGUGUACAAACAGCUGGACAAGCUGCUGGCGGAACACGUGGCGAAACACAUGGAGAACACUUCCGAGAUGCAACCGGAACUCGGUGCAAGGGUCACCACCGCGUGUCUUCAGCUUCACGGACAAAAUGGGGAUGAGGAGUAUGUUCUUCCACCAGGGGCGGAAAUAGGAACACCGAUGUUCGAGCUGUAUCUGGCUCUCCAGGAUUUUGUAACCAUGAAGGAGAAUCUGCCGCCAUCCGACCAUAAGACCUUGGGGAUUUGCAAGUAUUACGAGUGGUUCCGACCAGCUGUCGACAAAUGGUUGGAUCUGGCCAAAUUGAAAGCGAUCCAGCGCGUGAGGAAAUCGGCCGAUCUCGAUCGAAUCUGCACCGGUGAAUACAUAGUGAAGCACUGCACGUCCGCCAUCGAUGUUACGGCGUGCUUAUAUCAGAUCAAAGAAUUCUGGAAAAAGUUGGCGUGGCCGGAUCUUCCUGGAUCGUACAACUUGGUCCUGAAAGUUGUCGACGCGAUAUGCAGUUCAGCAGCGUAUUACGCGGAGCUCACACACCAGAAACUGGCCGACGGUGGCUAUUACGAAGAUCAAACGCCUUAUAAGACUACAGACGAGGUAAUCGCUCAGAUGUGCGUGGCUAUCAACGGUCUCGAGUACGUUCGAAGGUGGCUUCUGGAUUUAGGGGAGGAGCUCCAUGUCGAGAAACUUCUGACGGCUUUGGAGUGUCAGGCUGUCGAACCUGCUCGUCUACAGUGCAGGAACGCUUUGACGUCCCCUCUGGAACAGACACCGGGACAAAUGUUGCUCUUCAUAAACCAGAUAGUUUCAAGGAUCGGCACGAAGAUGAAACCAUCCCUGAAGAAGACGAUGUUUCAUUUGGCUUGGUCGCCCGACAGAGUGCCCACUUCAGAAGCCAUUUCGCCGUUACUAGAAUAUCUGGACGUUCAUUUGGUGGCGCUUAAUGCGGCUUUACUUGCGGUGAACUUCAAUCGAGUCCUGCAGGACAUCUGGGAGGUCGUUUUGGGCGAGCUGAGCAAUCAAAUGGACGGAAACGCAGGCGACAAGCCUGCGAUGUUUUACGAACGACUUCACGAAGCCCUGGACUUACUGACGAAAUUCUUCCACGCGGACGAAAAGGGUCUGACGUACGAAGCACUCCAUACGCAAAGUUUCAUGAACGUGGAGGAACGCUUACAGUACCAUAAAAUGGACACUUCGUUCUUGAUCGAUCGAUACUAUCGACAACGACUUCAGGACCAACUGAAUACAGUCUCCACGGAAUAUGGAACUCUGACAGUGAUGGCAUACUUGAAUCACGACUCCCUCUGCGUCGAAGUUAAAAAUGCCAGAAACGUGAUACCGUUGGAUCCCAACGGUUUCAGUGACCCCUUCGUCAUAAUCGAACUGCUGCCACGAAGGAUGUUCGAUCAUUGCCCCGAACAGCAUACCAACGUCAAAAAGAAGACUCUGAAUCCCACAUUCGACGAGUGCUUCGAAUUCUCCGUGAGCGUGGAACAGUGUCGAAGUCCAGACGCUAUGGUGGUAUUCACGGUGAUGGACCACGAUGUCCUCACGGCGAAUGACUUCGCUGGGGAAGCAUUCUUGGGGCUCAGCACGAUACCAGGCGUGGCUGACACGAACGCCACCAUCGACAAUUUCCACGGCCUCAAGGAUGCGGAGCUUCCUCUUAUGCAACAAAAGAAUCGAAGUCACCCGAUUCUUCAAAUCCUGGAGACAAGGGUCGGCGACAAAGUGGCCAUCGAUUUCGUGAAGAAGCAAAAGCAACGAUUCGCCUCGACGUAGAACGAAGAACGCCGAUAAUCGAAAGCUUCGGUCGCGAGUCGUUGAAUUCUCGUCUUUAACGGGGAGAAACAAAGGGAAUAAAGAAGCAGACAAACGAAAUCCAUCCCCCCGCGGAUAGCUGGUCGACUCUCUUGCCCCGUUUCCCCCGAUAUUCGCCAGAUCUUUCUCAGUGUAAAUCGUGUUUGAAUAUAAUCGGUGUUGGUAAUUAAAGAAAACUAAUAAGAGAAUAAAUAUUAAAGCGGAUCAGCUAGGGUAACGGGAAAGUAAAAGAAAAAAAAAAAGAAAAAAAAAAGCAGAGGGAAAAAACAGAAAGAAAGCGUACAUAUAUGCAGAACUAUUUUUGUGUCGAGGGGGAAAGCGAGUCGAAGGGAGCUGAGCAAAGUACAGAGAGAAAAGGAGGAAGGAAGUUUUAAUCUGUCAGCGUGUCUAAAGAUAAAUGUUUUAAGAAGCUGAUACCGCUCGGGGUUCGCAGAUAGCUUCAUCAGCGUGUCGUUUAACAUUCGACACGUCGGGACGCGUUCUUUCGAAAAAGGACGUUGUUCGUGCCACGAAGCCGCGAGCGGUAUCAAUUGUAAGAAACCAGGCCGUGAAAGCCUCAAGUAUCUCGUUUAAAAAAGCUAUCGUCGAGACCGUCGAGAUUCGAAGCGAUGCUAAACGGCCGUGACGUCGGAAUACUUUUUCCAACAAAACAAAAUAAAAAUAAAUAAAUGAGCAGCGGGAGAGAAACGAAAGAGUAUCGUGAGGGGAAAGAAAGAUCAGUCCCGGGAUAAGGGAGACGUGGAUUUUUGCUUGGUCACGUGUCGUGAUGGGACCAAUCCAACGACAUUCGAAAUCAGUUGUCAUUGGCAUUAGAAGCGAUUAUUGACAAUUAUAGUACUAUCGAUACAAGACAACGAUGUAGCUAGUGAAGUAUUACAUAUUAUUAGAAUAAUUUCGAGUAAAUGUUUACGGAGGGAAUAAUUCGAGGAAACAAUUUCAUUCAAAAUAACUCACCCGGACGAUUCGUAUUCGUUGUUUUUAAAGGAGGAUGUUAAAAAAGUGCCAAAUUUUUACCCCGCCAGGCACCUAAAAUAAUUAUAAGGCAUCAUUCUACAGAUUCUGCACUUCGAAUUGUGCACAAUUGUUUAUAGCAAAUGUGAUGGGAAAGUCGUGAAAAAUAGGGUUGAAGUUGACGAUGCUACGAAAGACGAAUCAUAACUUUCUGACUUCAAAUAACUAUAAUUUCGAAAUGAAUGCAUGAAACGUAAUAAUUCCGAUGCUAUUUUGUAAUGAAAAGUCAAUAUUUAUAUAAUAUGCAAGGAAAUGUUGCCCAGAUUGUUGGUUAGUAAGAAGAAAACGCAGCAUCAGGUUAAGAUGAUGUAUUAGGAUGCAAGUAUUCCUCAAAAUAGAUGCCUGGCGAGAUAGGUGGCACUUUUUUAACAUCCUCAAAUACAUCAAAUUUCUCGAAUUGACAAAAAAAAAAAUUGAGCUACGUCUACUAUUAGUUAAUUAUGUAUUUUAAAUUUGUUGCCUGAAGAUUAUACUGCUCAACGUUACUAUAGAAUCAACUGAGAUUUAAUAUUAUAGUAAAUUUUUAGUUUAUUUAACGUUUAUUUUCCAAUCAAAGGAGAUACAAACGCACGCUAACCAUAAUUUUUUACAUGUUUUCUAUUAUUUCUUUUUUCUUUUGUAUUCUUCGCGCCUCUGAUCACAUAUGCGUGUUUUAUUCUUCAAGGUAAAUAUUAUAAUUUUAUUGUAACUCUAAAGGGUCUCAUACAGGGCAACGAAUCAAAAUAAAAACGAUAAAAGCAAGAAAAACAUAAAAUCACAUAUAAUCGUUAGGAAUGCUUAUUAUAAACGGCGAUGGGAACAUUUUAUUGGAUAAAUAGAUAAUUAAGAGGGCUAAGGUACACAGUUAAUUUUCAUUUAUUCUACGAUUUAAUUGUCUCAGAUAUCGUUUCUACGUUAGUCUCCAGAUACCAGAUCAUCGAUUUCUGUAAUUCGCGUAACAUACUAACGAUAAUAUUCAAACAUAUCCGAGCAAAUUUUAUUCGUAACUAACGAACAAGAAUUUCAAAUUUAUUCGCGAAUCAGCUUUCGCGUUUCGAGCGUCGAUUUGCAAAAUAAACAAAUGUUGAUUCGCGAAUCAAUCAAAAAAUUUUGCAAUUCCUUUUUGCAACGAUACGCGGAUCCCUCCCGGGGCUGAUCUUUCACUCUCCUGAAUACAUGGAUCAUCGAAGCUCGACACGUCCAAAUCGAUUCGAAAAUCGAAGCAAAAACGCGAAGCUACUCGUCGCCGAUUCGCAUCGCUUCGACGGAUACAGAUCAAUUUCCAGAGAGUCGAUAUACAUACGAUAUUUUUCUUACUCGUCAUUGGCUAAUGUCUCUUUCUAUCUUUCCACCGCCGUUUCUCACUUUUCCGAUUCCAACGAUUGUUCUUCUCAUCGCGCGCACCGCGACCCUAUCGCAAUCUGCACGACGGAUUUCGAUCGACGCAAAACCGACGAAAAAUAAAAAAAAAACACACACACACACACACACACACACACCCAAAGUAAAAAAUAUAAGAGUACAUAGAUGAAUAAUGAUUUGUGCCCGUUGCAUGUAUACGUAAGAAUACUCUAAGAUAACGAGUUAACACUAUUCCUACCACGACCGGUCAAACGACCGUUUUUUAAAUUUCGUUUAGAAUUUCCUAUGUACAACGUAAUUGCAUCACCUUUAAACUUCACGACUUUUCCUAAAAUAUACCUAUAAUACUUAUAUCAAUAUUCGCUUCUUUUUUUAUUGUUUAUUUUCUAAGAAAAAUUUUUAGUCUGUUUUACCUACCACGACCGGUCAUUGUACCGGUUGAACGAUUUAUAUCUUUUUGUAACAGUAUUAUCUCGAAGUUAAUGCAGUUGUGGCAUGAUUUUAGCUGAAAAAUGCCUUCCAGAGACUGCUUUAGGCACUUCCAAGUGUUUAGAAUUAUUAUAACUGUAAAAUAAAUAAAAUCAUAAGCGAAGGGGAUGCCUAGACGACUUCUCACGAAUUCAAGUCAGCAAAGUCUUGUAAUUCGAGUGGAGAGCAUCAAAACGUGAAAGUUGCCUGGAGCAUAUUCGGCAGUCAUUUAUUAUUUUAUA